AUGGGAGGAGGGAAGAGGACCAACAAGGUCCACACUGACAUGGUCAAGCCCUCGCUCCGAGACCUCAAAUGGUGCCAAUGGCACCUGAACAUGAAGGCCUCUGAUGUCCCGAUCUGCUGGUACUGUCGAAGCUGCAAGGCGGUUGGCACCUCCUGGUGUUUGUACCAAAGCGAGCGUGCCCCUGUCAAUUAUUUCCUCACGGGAGUACCGACUUUCAGCGGAAGGUACAGGUUGAAGAACGUCACCGUACUGACCACCCCCUCCAUGAGCGAAGCAGCCACUGCUGAGAUCAUGCUGUUUCCUGGCCUGUGGUUCAGUCACUCAGGAUCGGUGAGCUCCAUUGAAUUUGUGGUGCAGCCUUUAAAAAGAGCAGCUCGGGUACAUUUCAAAGUAUUCAGGCCGUACUGUGCCCCAAAUCUGUUCCUAAUCCCUCCAGGUUGUGAGGCACUCCGGACCCCCUUUGCCAGCUGCCAUACACUGCCACUGUGUAAUACCACAGGGGGAUGCAUGAGUGGGCAGCAGUGGUGCCAUCUGACGGAGCAGUGUCUGCCCAUCACCAGCCCCUGCAGCUCGUACGCAUUUGAGAACAUCACCACGAACAUCCUGCCAAUUGCAAACCCCCCCAGGUACAGAGGGACACAGCCCUUCUACUCGCAGGUGGCAGACAUACCCAUGACAAUCACCCCUGACUUCAGUGCCAUGCAAAUAAAUGUGGUGCUGGCUGGUGAGGAGAUCCCUGUGUUCCCAGAUGAUGUCGUUGGUAUUCAGCACGAUGCUGGCCCCGGAGCCCUCCUGCAUUGCUUGCCUAGCUCAAUGUCGCCAUGGCGACAGAGUUACAUUGGGAUGGUGGGUGGGAGCUGGGCAGAGAGUUUGCUGAUGGGUUCUCAGCCAGCACAGCUCAGCACCAGCUGGGUCGAUGGCGUUGUCUGUGACGUGCGUAUCCUGUGCACAGACCAGCUGCAGACAGUGGCCAUCACCCCCUCCCCUGACACUGGGACGGACACAUCCCCUGUAGCCGCAAUUAAUGGGGAAGGCCCGACUGUGGUCAACUGCCAUCCGCUGGGCACUCAGACAGAGAUUACUGGCCUGCAGCUCAUCUUCCCACCAGCCGAAGGUGAAAGGAUUUCAGUGCCGACAAAGGACGAGAUGCUCGUCGUGAUCAAGAUCCAUUCUGGCAGCUGUGCCACCUCGUGGUGGGGCCCGCCCGCCCACCAGUCAGGAAUCAGCUUCGUGGCCCACUGCCCGACCGACAUGCCCCUUUUCACACCUGCUUGUCGCAGGGAGACGGCAGACACCUGGUUCUCGUACAUUCACAUUACUUUCAGCCACCCAGGACUGGAAGUCCUGAACAUCAGCGUGAACAAUGGGAUUAGCUCCCAGAACACGUCUGUAGUGAUCCACGCCCAUGAUGUGAUCCAGGGCCUUCACAUUGUCCCCAGCCAACACAGACGAAUGCUGGUGGAUGCCUCUCAGGUGUUUUCGGCUGAGGUUACCCAUGGCACUUCAAUUAUUUAUACCUGGGUGAUUGACAACCUGUCAGUCUUUUCCUACACUGGACAAACCUACACAGUGAUUUUUAAACGUGCUGCUACCUACAGGUUGAAGGUGACGGCAGUGAACCCGGUGAGCAGUCAGAGUGUGACGGCCGAGCUGGUAGCUGACGACAUGCACCCGCUAAUGGAUCCACACUUUAUUAACAUGACCAACGUGAUUCUUGUUAGCAAGCCCCAACCCUUUGUUGUCACAGUUAAAGCAGACAGCUUGGCAGAAGUUACCUUCCGAUGGAGUUUUGGUGAUGGCAGUGCUCCAGUGACGCAUUCCACCUCCUCACAGCAAUCCUCUGUCCUUGCUGAGGGAAACCAUGGUUCUGCUCGCCUGCACCUACAGAGCUGCAUGACCUGGACAUACAACGAGCCUGGUGUCUACCUUGUGGAAGUGGAGAUCCAUGCUCCGAGGAGCCGUGUGAUGACCAGCGUCCUCGUGUACGUCCGUAGCCUUCUGUUGGACCUGAGUUGUGACCUGGCUCCAGACCACCCUAGUGUCAAUGGGAUUGUUACAUUUGGAGCCUCCCCUCAACCCUUGUCCAAUGAAAUAUUCUACACGUGGAACUUUGGUGAUGGGAGUCCUGCGGCUGAGGGGAUGAAUGACACCGUGUGCCACCGGUUUAAAGAGAAGGGGGUUUACAACGUCUCACUGGUGGCCAAUAACAUGGUCAGUGUAAUGAGCUGCCAUGUGGUGGUGCGGGUGGAGGAGAAGAUCACUGGCCUUAUGGUGAUCAUCAGUGCGGGGGAGCUGGGCUCCCCGAUGCUGGUUCAUGCCAAGACUUCAGCUGGGACCAACAUACUGUGGACCUUUGACAUGGGGGAUGGCAGCUCCUUCGGCAACCUGACGGCAGCCACCAUCUCCCAUACAUACGCAGCUGAAGGGAGUUAUACCAUUACCGUCACCGCCAGAAACGCAGUCAGCUCAGCCAGCCGAUCAGCGGUUGCCGAGGUCUAUGUACUGAGGGUGGUAAACAUCACGGGUCCAGGCUGCGUGGCCUCGGGGAGCCAAGUGUCCCUCCAGGCCUGGUUGGCCAGGGUGGGAAACGAGACCCGCUUCUGCUGGAGCUUUGGAGACGGCAGCCCGCCCCUGGUAGUGCUGGGCAGCGCCAGGGCUCACCACACUUACGCUGCUGCUGGCAACUACACUGUCAUGCUCGUUGCCAGCAGCCCCUUUGGCAAGGCCCACCAGCAAGCUACCGUCUGCAUCCAGGCGCCCAUUGUUUCUGUCCACCUUUUGGCCAGCCACUCCUCAGCGCUGCUGGGGGAGCAGGUGCAGUGGGUAGCUGAGGUGGUUCCCAGGGAAGACGAGUGGCAUCCUUAUCAGUACCGAUGGGACCUGGGGGUGCCGGGACCCUUCCAGUCCGGCGGUAGGGAAGUGACGUUCAGCUACAGCCAGGCAGGUAUCUACCUGAUCACAGUCCACCUCAGGAACCAUGUCGACCAGCAAAGCAGCUCCUGCUCACUGAUUGUCCAGGAGAAGGUUGGGGACUUCACCGUCUCCCACAAUGGGCAUGGUCAGCACUACCUCUCCGUGAACAAGACCUACACAUUCCACCUUAGCGGGGCUUUGGGCACAAACUCCACCUUCCGCUGGGAUUUUGGUGACGGCACUGCUCCAGGACUGGGUCAAGGGCCACUACACAUAUAUUGGAAACCCGGCCCAUACACUGUCACUGUUGUUGGGGAGAACUUGGUCAGUCACCUGGAGAAACAUCUGAGCAUCCGGGUGGUAACGCCCAUCACAGAGCUUCGCAUUAACACCCAGCAGGCAGCAGUAGAGACAGGAAAGGAUGUAAUGUUUGCCACCAGGCUGGGCACAGGUGAUGGGGUCUCCUAUUCGUGGGCUGUUCAGGGAGGACGUGCCCAACACCAGGGAUCCUCCAAUUUCAAGUACAAUUUCCAAGAACCUGGCACUUAUGUUGUGGAAGUGACAGCAAGAAAUGAAGUGAGUGAAGAGACAGCAACCAUCACUGUUCAGGCUGUGGAGAGGAUCCGAGACCUGGAGAUAUCCAGCGGUGACCUGAUUGAGGGCAGCUUUGCUGCCACUGGAGAGGCGUGCCUGCUGCACGCACAGCUGGCCCGUGGCUCCAAUCUGUCCUAUAUGUGGAUUGUUAGACAGGGUCCUGUCACAGUCAUUACCGGUCAAGGUUCGACUGUGGUCUUUCAACCAGAGGAAGCUGGACAUUACCUGGCAGUUUUGGUGGCCAAAAAUGCCCUUGGAGAGGCCAACCAGAGCAAGGAGAUCUUUGCACAAGAACGUAUCCAUGGAAUGAAGGUUACUGCAUCAUCACGUGAGGUCAGCACAGGACAACUGGUGCACCUGGAGGUGUCUGUCGUUUCAGGGGCAGAUUUGCAGUAUGAGUGGACUGUUGAAGGAGAUGAGAAUCACACCAGGACCAAUACCUCCACACUGGCCUACCUUCCCACCUCUGCAGGGACUACAAUGGUGACGGCAACUGCCUGCAACAAGCUGGGGUGUACUGAGAGCUCAUUGACCUUAAGGAUUCUGGACCCCAUUUCCGAAGCCAACUCCUCCACCGUGGGCAGAUCACCCUUCUUCCUUCUGCCACCCAAUGCCACCACUUUCCUCCGUGGCUUUGUGGGCACAGGCACUGACAUAGCCUGGGAAUGGAGUCUAUUGGGAGACAGAGGUGUCCAGGCCUGGCAGGGGAACCUCACCACAGAGCACGCCCUUGGGAGAGUGGGUGUUUAUCUGUUGAGCCUCAACACCUCCAAUGGAAUCAGCUGGGAAUGGGUCCACCAUGACAUCGUGGUUCAAGGCUUGGCGAUAAUGCCAAACAAGACGGUUGCCGGGGUGGUGGAUGCUGUUACUUUCAACCUGUCAGUGGAGCAGGGUAGCAGCGUAUGCUUUGUCCUCUCUAUCCCCAUCCUGGAAACGGCCGCUUGGCUGCCCAGGGACACCCAUAGCCUCGCCUUCUUGCGGACCAGUCGGCAAUGGCCAGCGGUGGAGGUGCGCCAAGAGCUAAGGAUAAACGCCAGGCUGUGGGCUGGUGGGGCUGCCAGCCUCAUCUGGCUCUUCCAGCUGCCCGGUUCCCCCGAUUGCCGCCUUGCUGGGCCCAGCGUCACCUACACGCCCGGCACCACUGGCCUGCUCACUGUCCGCCUGCGGGCUGCCAGCAGGCUGGGCUCAUUGACCGUCACCCAACGCUUUCAGGUGCAGUUGCUGGUGGUGGCGGCAGCCGAAGGCCUCCGGAUUGACCGCACUCCGCUAUCAGCGGGUGAACUGGCGACCAUCCACCUGCCGGCAGCUGGGGGCAGCAAUGUCCAGUACUGGUGGGACUUUGGGGACGGGGACGGGACCUUCACUAGUCAGAGCUGCACAGCCCAGCACCGGUACAGGGCUGCUGGCCACUACACCGUGCACGCCCGAGCUUUCAACGAGGUGAGCGCGGCAGGGGUACAGAGGCUGGAGGUCACGGUGCUGCCGCAGCCCAAGUGCCAGGCUCCAGCCGUCCGCCUGGUGCAGCCGCCCCCAUCCGUGGCCAGGGCCCAACCCAGUUACUUUGAGGCUGAUGUUGAGCUGAGGGGAUGCACAUCCUACCCAGUUCACUAUCUCUGGCAGGUGGGAGUGGGAGCCGACUGCCACAGGCCGAGUCACCACCUCCCCCUGCCUCUCCCCACUGUCCAACUCAGCAAGCCUUUGCUGUCGCUGCCUCGGCUGGCCCUGCCCCUGGGCCCACUCUGCCUGCAGGUCGUGGCAGCACUGGGUGGAACUCAGCUGCGUGCGAAGGCCGUGGCGCUUGUCCAAGUGGUGCGAAGCAGCCUGGUAGCCAUCAUUGAAGGGGGUGCACGCCAAAGCUGGGCUAGACACCGGGACCUGGUGCUGGAUGGCUCCCAGUCUUACGACCCAGACGUCCAGAUGGGAGAGGAAGACCACCUGAUGUACAGCUGGCACUGCAAGAGCACGGAUCAGUCCACUUCUCUCUGUAUUCCUGCUGCCAGUUGCUGCAGUUCUGUUGUCACCAUCCCUGGGCACACACUGGUGCCGGGUGCUACGUACACAUUCACACUGACCGUCAGCAAGCCUGGCAGGGAGGAGGUCCACGCCACUCAAACGGUUUUGGUCCAAGCUGGAAAGAUCCCGAGCGUGCUUUUGGAGUGUAUCUCCUGCCGUGUCCGCUGGAGCUAUGGAGUGAGCAGGAGUAUGCACGUCUCGUUGGCUGGAAGGUGUGCCAACUGCAGCAGCCAGUUAUUGUACAAGUGGACGGUUCAAAAUUCUGAUGGCUACCCUUUGAUCUUAGACAACCAAACCACCUCCACAGGAGACUGGAAUGCUAACCUGGUCAUUCGACAGGGGGUCCUUCAAGAUGGAGUCAACUACACUUUCACCUUGAACAUAACUGACCUUGAAGAGGAAACCUCAGGCUUUUCCAGCAUCAUUCUGAGCCCUAACUACCCUCCUAGUGGGGGACACUGUACCAUCCAUCCAGAGCAAGCUCUCUAUCUGUUGGAGACCCCUCUUAGUUUUAACUGCUCAGGCUGGUGGGAUGAGGAUGGAAUUGUUGAUCAACUGGUUUACUCCCUGGUGGCUGUCACCUGUUCCAGAGACUCUUUUUGUGAAAGGUUCCAGCUGUACUGGGGCAUCAGACCCUCCUUCAGUGCCUUGUUGCCUGUGGGCUCGUGGAGCAAUGCCACAGCAGUCACUGUGAUCAUUGAGGUGGAAGAUGUACUGGGUGCUCGUAACACUGCCAUCAACAAGACCUUGAUGGUUGUAAUCCCGGAUCUCCCAUUAGACUCACACUCUGUCACUGACUGGUUGAAACAUAAGAGCCAGUCAGGAUUAUGGGGCCUGGUACAGCAGGGUAAUCCUGAUAAAGUGAUCCCAUUCUCCGUCGCUCUCAUCAGUGCUCUAAACCAGCACUCUGGGGCUCAGGGAGAGAUCCUGCAGGACCGGAUGGCCAUCCGUAGUAAUGUGACCUUGGCAAUGGCAUCCCUGCAUGUCUCCACACUGGAGGAGGUGACCCAGGUCAGCACAGUGCUGGCACAGUGUGCGGCUUUCCCUGAAGAAUUUGUUAGGGGAGAAGGAUUAGCCAGAAGUUUGGAGAUGAGCAGACAAAUGAUUGACAUCAUUGGGAAUAAGACAGGUCAAGGAUCAGCCACACCCACAGAAGCUGGAAGAAAUAUCUUGCGAGUCCUAGGUGCUGCAAUAGCUGUGAUAAGUUCUGACCUGAAUAAUGGCCGUGAUGCAGCCAGUGGCCUUGUCACUUCUGCCUCCAUCUUCAGGCUGACCAACGAUCUCGUCCAGUCUCUCAUGCGCUCUCGUGUCCUCAAUGAGGAACUAUUGUCUCUGUCUGUCUCAGAGAUUGACGUGCAAGGGAAAAGAACAGACCCCUUCAAUUUGCUGUGUGCCUGGCCUCAGGACCACUGCCACUUCCAUGUCCCCCAGGCACUGUCCCAUCAGCUGUCAGCAAACCAUGAACUCAUCCAGAUCACAAUGAGCCUCCGAGUUAACCCAUUCCUGAUGGGCUCUGUCAGCAAUGACAGCAUCUCUACCCACCUUGGAUCCAUGGAGUUCAGCAGUCCACAGGGCCAGCCUGUCCCCAUCAGUGGCCUGUCCGCAGAGACGUCGAUCCGCGUUAUCUUACCGGACAGGAGGACGCAACACUGGAGGCGUGGUGCAGUGACAAAGGUCCUUGGUCCCGGAGAGAGCAUGAACUUCACAGUCCAGCCCGUGAGCAGCAACCAUGCAGCCGGACUCCAUGUCUGCCUGCGAUUCACCCUGCUGGAGCUUGGAGGAGCUCAGGACCCGGAUCCUUCCAUCCAUAUUUAUGUUCAUAAUGACUCCCGGUUUAAUGGGACUCGCUACAAAAUGACCAAAGGAGUCGUAUUACCUUCUGAUACUGGCAGUCUGAGUGCUGAGCACACACUCUUCCUGUUGUCUGAGGUGUACGAUACCUCCAGCAAGGAGCUCAGUGUCACCAUUUGUAGCCACUUCUCCUCUGCUUCAGUAGAGGUUUCUGUCAUUGUGUACACCUCCCUGUGUCAGUACUUCGACUUCCAGAGCCUUCGGUGGAGAACAGAUGGCAUCUUACCCACACACUGGACCAGGCCAGACGAAGCAGUCUGCCUCACUCAGCACCUCACUGUCUUCGGAGCAAGCUUAUUUGUGUAUCCAGAGGCUAUCCAGUUUCUGCCUCCUGUGAACAGCCCAGUGCAGAAUUCGAUUGUGGCAAUCACCUGUGCCUUGGUCUUUGCUCUUUAUGUCAUGGUAGCUCUCAUCGCCAACAAGCUGGACUACAUCGAUAUCAACCGUGUUGGCAUUGUCCCUCUCUGCGGGCAGCAUGGUCGCUAUAAGUAUGAAGUUAUGGUGAAAACUGGCUGGUACAGGAACUCAGGUACCACAGCUCAUGUGGGCAUCAGCCUGUAUGGGUUGAACAAGAGUGGGUCUCGUCACCUGGACAAAGAAGGAGCAUUCCAAAGGAACAGUCUGGAUGUUUUUCAGGUUGAGACAGAUGCCAACCUGGGUGAGAUCUGGAAAAUCCGAAUCUGGCACGACAACACAGGCUUAGACCCUUCGUGGUAUCUGGAGCAUGUGGCAGUUUGGGACAAGCAGACAGAUAACUUGUACUACUUCCUGGCUCAGGACUGGCUGUCUGUUGAAAAUGAGAAGAAUGAAGGAAUGGUGGAGAAGGAUGUGUUGGCAGCAUGCCCCCAGGAGCUGCGUCGUUUUUCCCGCAUCUUUACUUCACAGCUAAAGCGAGGUGUGUCUGAGAAGCACAUCUGGCUCUCGGUCUGGGACCGUCUGCCACGGAGUCACUUCACUCGAGUCCAGCGAGUCACCUGUUGCACUCUCCUCAUAUACUUGUUCUUUACCGUGGGGGCGGCGUGGUAUGGAGCUGUCGGAAUCAAAAGCAAGAGCCUCCCAGUGGCAUACCUGGCUGCUGUCACAGGUGAGACGGUGGCAGUCGGCAUUGUCCUGGCUGGCGUGGUGUUCCCAGUCCACCUCCUCUUCACCUUCCUCUUCAGAAGAACACGUAGCAAGGUCACCAUGGAUAACCUUGAACCCUCCACCAAAGAGACGCAGUCCGUGGAAAUGGAUGUGUACUUGGACCACUCUGAGCUUGGCAGCUCAUCCUUCCUGUCCAUCCCCAGGGGAAAAGACUCCAUUCUGGAUGGAAGCUCGGCCAGUUGUGUAAGUGUGAAGUUGCUGUGGCUAAGAUGGUCCGUGAAGAGAAACUCACAUGAGAAACAACAGGAAUCCCUUAGCAGUGAACAGGUGGAACCUAGUUUUGGAUUUGCUCCGAAGCUGAUCAAUGAGAGGUGCAGAUGCUUCACUUUCUUCAAAGACCACCUCAUGAUAGAUCAGAACAAAAUUUUGAAGCGGAAGAAACCUUUGCAGAAACAGGGGGUUAAUCCCUAUUCAUCCUCGGAUGAGGAUCCGCUCUCCUUUUCCAUCUCGGACUCCUAUGACAGCAGGACUUUCAAGCACAGUCACCUUAUGGCAUCAGGAAUCUCAAAGAGACCAAGAAAGUGGCUCUUCCCUCAUUCAGCUCUCUAUGUAACUUAUAUCCUGUGCUUCCUCCUCAUUGCUACAUGCAUCAGUCUGACCAUCUCUUAUGGCAUGUUAUUCCCCAACCAUGUCGUGCUCAUGUGGCUGAUUUCUGCCUCCUUCUCCUUCCUGACGUCGUUUUUCUUCCUGGAACCUCUAAAGGUGUUGUGUGAAGCCUUGAUCCUUGCUCUCAUUACCAAGCCAGUAGACCCUGAUGAGGAUGAUAAACUGGUCGAAGAACCCUUGAUUAAGAAAACUUCAGAAAGAAUCAGUAAAAUUCGAGCACCAUAUGGUUACAGUCUCCUUCAAGCCAAAGAAGAGGCACGAAAAGUGAGAGUAUUGUACACACUGAUGAAGAACUGUAUUGUGCACAUGCUCUUCCUGCUGGUCGUGCUCAUCAUCAACUACCAGGGAUGCUCUGAAAACACCAGUGCACGGCUUCUGCGAGCUGCUAUUCAGCAGUCGGUUGUUGGCAAGAAUCCACAUGCAACCAGCACUGUUGUUACUCCGAGGCCAACUGAAACCUGGCAAUGGAUAGGGACCAGACUACUGCCGCACUUGUAUAAUAACUCUCGGCUGACACUGCUCGGAGUACCACAGCUACAACAAGUCCGGUCGAAGGAAGGAUAUUGGUGCUCAUGGGUUUACAGGCUAAUCCCUGGCGUUUGUCCUGGAGUUACCUACAGCCAUUAUAACCUACUGAGAGACAAAGCAAUGGCCAGGAGUACCAAUCGCAGUUGGGUUUAUUCGUCGGAUGACUCUGCUGGGACACAGGCCCUAUUUGUUGAGUUCACCCAAUAUAGUCGGGACGUGAAUUUGUACGCAGUGGUGAAGUUAGUUGUGGAAUUCCAGCCAACGAAACCUACAGGACCAAGCAUAGACAUUAAACCUUUCUCUCUGUCGCAUUCAAACCAGGGCCUGCACCUGUUGCUCACGUGUAUGGUGUUGCUUCUGCUCUUCAGCUUUGUCUUCCUGUGCUCUGAAGCUGUUGCCGUGCAUAGAGUGGGUUUGGCUUAUUUCAGAGAGAGGCAGAAGUAUGUCCAGCUCCUCAUCAUCCUCCUCUCCAUCCUCAUUCCCACCUUCCACUUCAGCCGCCUCAGACUGGCUGACGUGCAGCUCGACCGUCACAAGAGGAACCGCUGGGCAUUUGUCAGCUUCUCCCGUGUUGCCCUGCUGUCCGAGGCAGCCUCUGACCUUGCAGCUUUGCUGCUCACCGUUCUCACCCUGAAGAGCAGCAGAGGGUGCGAAUUUAAGAUCGUAGGACAGCUUCGUUUUUUCCGAAGGUGGUGUGUGUUUGGAAAAACGUUCCAGUAUACGUUCCAAGAGCUGACAGCGGCCACCUUAGUCUUCUUCCUGCUUGUUCUGGUCUAUGCACAGUGUGGUUACAUGAUAUUCUGUCCAGCUCUGGAAGACUUUAAAACAUUCAAACACACCGUGCUGUCUUUGGUUGCCUUCUCCCGAGGAACAGUGGCAUUGCAGCAUGCAGUUCACAAAUUUCCCUUCACCGCAUUGGCCUACUUCGCCAGCUAUCUGCUGUGUUUGGCGUGGAUUACAAGGAACCUCUUCAGUGCUAUCAUCAUCCAGAAUUACAGGCAUGUCCGAGCAGAAAUGUAUCGUCCUGCCGUUGAGCCACAAGAUUAUGAGAUGAUUGACUUCUUCAUCAAAAGGUUCAGACUCUGGAUUGGACUAACUAAAGCAAAGGAGUUCCGUCACAAAGUGAAGUUUGACGGGAUGGAGUCCCUGCCAACAGGCAAUUCCCAAACUUCCAGAUUUUCCCGGCUCCCAUCUGCUGGUACCGAGUCCCACUGCUCCAAGUGCACCAUUUCAUCCGGCUCGGUGCAAUCUGAGGAGAUGAACCUUGCAGAGAGUCCGAGCACAGAGGCACAUGGUGUUCAGACCUAUCUGGAUCGACUGCUGCCGACCAUCAAUAGUCUCCUUGAUCAGUUUGACCGUGUCAAUAAAGUCACCAAUGACUUGUAUCAUAUUGAAACCGAUUUGGAGAAAUUACAGGACAGAAUGAAUAAGAAGAAGAGGGGACAGUGCAUGAGAAGGAAGAACAAUGAGGAGAGAAUUAUUCCUCUGCCAAGCACACAGCUGCUUCAGACUAGAACAGAUAGUGCGACCUCCAGCCAGCAGCCAAGCAAAGGUCCAGCUUGUGCAGAAGUAGUGGCAUCAGGUCAUAGGGACCUACAAGGUGAACAUAAGCCUGCUGAUGCCUCUAGACGAAAAGUCUGGCAGUUUGGACUACCACUGUCAGCGGACUUCAACCAGAGGUCACUGCCAUGCUCAGGGCUAGUUUCAAAGGCCCGGCCCAGAAGUGAGGAAGGCCAGGAUCGAGGACUUGAUAGACAGCUGGCCCCAGAUGAAAUGGAUGUGCAGAAAGUAUGCCUCGAGCAGGAGGGACGCCUGGCAGAGGAGCACAGCUAA